UCAUGAAUUUUUUCUGAUUUUUUUUUAUUAAUUACUUGCUUGAUAGAUUAAUUGAUGCAUGCAUAUGUGCUACGUACACAGCCUAGAAUUGGUUCCAAGGGGCAAAAAAAUUCUAGAGCUUAAAUUAACACCAAGCUGGUUUGAUUAAGGAUAUCGAUUUCACUAAUCAUAUAAUAAAAUGUCAAGUCAUGUUUAUUAUUUUUAAUCGCAUGUUUUAUUUUAUUUUUUUCAUUAAGUGGGUUUCCUAGACAAUUUAGUGGGCAUGCAUGACUAGGGAUCAAGUUCCAUCACAACCAAACCAAAAUGUUAAACCUGCUAAUGAUCCUAGUGGAGUAAUUAACAAACCAACAUCCGAAUGUUAACUUUGCAAGAAAACCGUCGAUGAGGUGUGGUUUGGGAUACAAAAGGAAGAACCACAACAACAAAUUUCCAACACCAUUGAUGCUGAUCAUGAACCUCCUCAAGGCGAUCAAACAUUGGGAGAGAUAACAUUAGAAGAUUUCUUAAUAAAAGCGGGUGUAGUUCAAGAAGCUCCUGUGAUGGGGCUAGGAUUCCAAAAUGCAGGAAACAAUUUAUCUGCUGGCAAUGGUUUCACAACUUACCACAUGUAUCCACAAGUCAAAGGGUAUAAUGUGGGAGAAGCUGUAUCGAAUAAUGCUGAUGAGAAUGAGAAGUGUCAAAGCGUGAUGGAAUUAGGAGCACAAUCGAACAAGAAGAGGGUGAUGGAAGGUCCGCCUGAGGUGGUUGUGGAGCGGAGGCAACGCUGGAUGAUAAAAAAUAUAGAGUCAGCCGCACGAUCGCGUGCUAGGAAGCAGGCGUAUAUACACGGUGGAGAUGGAACUUGAGCUGGAUCAACUUAAAGAAAUAAGCUUUUAACGUAAAUCUUUAAUUAACUGCAGGCAGAGGGAUGAUCUGAGCUUUUAACUUAAUGUAAAGUCUUGUGGGUUUGGUCUACCAAGCAAACUUCAGAAAUAACCUUUCUUUGAUUUCUGAUGACCAUCAGGAUUAUCUAAGUUAAUUUAAGUUUUUUUUUAAAAAAAAACUAAAAAAAUAUUAUUUAAAAAAAUAUAGAUUUUUUAA